AACUCAAGAGUGCACCCUCACCAGCUGUUUGUUUCCCAUUUGGAGAGAAAUAAUGUGUGGAUGUCAUUUCGGACAUUUUGGCGCUCACGCGAAAUGACACAAAGUAACAAAGUCGGAGGGAAACAAAGUAGCCUCUCACUCGCUGCCUGUGGGUGGGAACCGGCUUAGGGCUGUCUGUCUGUCCAUCUGUCUGUCCCUCGCUCCAAUUGGAUAAGGCCACACCGGCCCGGUGGCCAAUCGUUGCCUCUUGUGGCGAGGUAUAUGUACGGCUCUCGAAGUGGCGAGCGGCUCAUUCAGACUUUCUGUGACUUUCUCAAGCUACCAAUAUGAGCGGAAGAGGCAAAACCGGAGGCAAGGCCAGGGCGAAGGCAAAGACCCGUUCAUCCCGUGCUGGCCUCCAGUUCCCCGUGGGCCGUGUGCACAGGCUGCUGCGAAAGGCAACUACGCCCGAGCGUGUGGGCGCUGGCGCACCAGUCUACCUGGCCGCCGUACUCGAGUACCUGACUGCUGAGAUCCUGGAGUUGGCCGGCAACGCUGCCCGUGACAACAAGAAGACUCGUAAUCCCCGUCACCUGCAACUGGCCGUCCGUAACGACGAGGAGCUGAACAAACUGCUCGGCGGUGUGACCAUCGCUCAGGGUGGUGUGCUGCCCAACAUCCAGGCAGUCCUACUCCCCAAGAAGACCGAGAAGGCAGUCAAAGCCAAGUAAAUUCGCUACUGCGACUUCAACUUGACUACUCAACCCCCAAAGGCUCUUUUAAGAGCCAACCACCUAGCUCUCCAAAAGCGCAAAGUACCUUUCUAUGACCGCAAUACAUUGAGUGGGUGUAUACACAACUAUUUCGACAUUCUGUGCCCACAUGAGGCCUUGCAUGAACAACAACACCUACUUGGCCUCAUUUGCCAUAGCAGGCUAGCAUUAGAUGAUACG